GGGGGUCCAAAAUGGAGCAGCUAAAGCAUAUCCACGAUUUCUGCACCCGCCACCAGACGGUUCUGGGUUACAGUGUGGUGUCUCUGCUGACGGCUCUCACCGAGUACAUCUUCUCCUCCGUGGUGUUCAAGUGUCCCUGCAACUCUGACAACGCGGUGUACGGCACCGUCUUCCUCUUAGUGCCUGCCUUCAUCUUGUUUCUGCUCGGCUGUAUCUCGAACGUCAGAGUGUGGCGGCUGGUGACAGGCUGCCAGAAAGAGGAAUGCUGCAGCCGCUGCUGCUCCGUGAUGACACCUCCCAUCGCCAGAGCCUUGGUGGCUCCUGUCACCUGGAUCGCGGUGGCCCUGCUGGGAGGCAGCUUCUACGAGUGCGCGGCCAGCGGCCUCAGCCUGAUAAAGAAUCUCUUGUGCACCGAUAAAGGAAAGGUGUGCCUCAGCAAGGCGGCCACGAUACCCUGCAACAGCACCCUAGCAAAGGAGGUAACCAAACAAUCUCUCAGCCUUCAGGCACAGUCUCAGCUGAUAGGAUGGUUCCUGAUACUGUCCAUCGUGAUUGUGGGAGUGAUUUCAACAUGUAUCAGCCACUGUUGUUCCCCAAUUAGCUAUAUGCAGCUCAAGUUCUGGAAAAUCUACAUGAAAAAUGAAAAGAAGCUCUUUGAUGCCAAGGCUGAGGAGCAUUCAGCCAAGCUGGCAGAAAUUAAUGUUAACCAUUUUUUUCACCCUUCUGACCCGAGACCUGGUGACCAAACAGGAUUUCAGACUCCCAGCAACGAUGACUGGAAGAAGAUUUCACUCCUGUACAACUUCAAUCCUGAAAAGCAGCAUUACAGCUUGCUACAUGAGUUUGUUAAAACAAACAGAGGCACAACUGAUGGAUUUAGGGAAGGAAAUCAGAAUCCCUCUAUUUUAGGAUUUGUGGAUGAUGUAGAACUAAGUGAACUGGGGCCUUAAUGAAACAGAUCCUGGGCAAUGCUGGCAAUCUUUUUAACUCUACUGAUACAGGAAGAGUUUCAUUCUAUGCAUUUAACCAAAUCUGUGUGAACUGCAUGUAUAAGCUGAUACCUGUAACCCUCAGCAGAUUCAGUUUGGAAAAUAUUUAACUGCUUUUGCUUAAGUACUUUCAA